AUGGUUUUUUUCGCACGGCGCUGCAGGGUUUGCGAGGUUGUAAACUACGUUCGCGCGGUCCACGGGCUUCCAAAGCACCCUGUAGACAACGAUGGCCGCAUCAGUGACCUGUAUGUCACCGUAUAUUACGUUGUUCACGAAGAUGCAGACAUGCAGGGUCUAGUGGAUGAGGAUGACGACGACGCAGCGGCAGAGCCACAGGAAUCGUUGGCGGCACAGUUGCGGGCACAUCCAAACACAAGAGGCUCUUACCUCCGACAUGCCGCGGAUACCACCGAAAAAGACAAGACAGAACAGGCAUUGGAGAAGCAAACGUCGCUGAGUAAGGCGCAGACGACAAAGAAGAAGACGUAG